AUGAUCGGAUUAUUUCAAACAAGCAGCUUGGCACAGCUUAUCGUAGUUAUUGGAACUGAACUGAUUUUAACAGUGAGCACUUAUAUAAAAUGGCCGCAUUCAGAUAGCCAUGUUAACCUGUUCCAUGUGAUCCUUGGCUGCAUCAAGGUUUUUAUACUCGGUUUGAAUAUUACCUAUCUUCCCCAGCUUAAAACAUCUGCUCUAUUAAAGCUGUACAUGGGUUAUGUUCAAAUGGCGCUUCAUAGCCUAGUUUUUUUUCUAUUUUUCGCACUUAUCAUCAAGAAUAUUGUUGGAGUGAUGUUUGCAGCUUUACAAGAUCACAAAAUUAACAUCAGAGAGGCAGAUAAACCACGUUCACGGGAAUUGCUAUCCUUUUGGCGUCGAAAUGACAAGAAGAAGAAUUUCAGAAGGAGUAGACAUUCUGCAGAACUCUUAAUACGGCAAAGUCAGCAAAGUACAACACAAACG